CAUUUUUCUGUAUUCAUUCUUGUUUUAGGAUGCAAAGGUCAUGUCAUGGUGGGAUUAUGGCUACCAGAUUACCGCAAUGGCAAAUCGGACAAUUUUAGUGGAUAAUAACACAUGGAAUAAUACUCAUAUUUCUCGAGUAGGGCAGGCAAUGGCAUCCACAGAAGAAAAAGCAUAUGAAAUCAUGAGGGAGCUUGAUGUCAGCUAUGUGCUUGUCAUUUUUGGAGGCCUUACUGGGUAUUCCUCUGAUGGUACUGUACUUGAUAUUGUUCUAUCUGUGGGCAUUGAAGAUGUAGUGAAUCAGUUACUAUUUUAAUUUUAUUUAUUUAUA